AGGGAAUUUGUUUGAAUGAAGUGUAUGCCCCGUGAUGUAUCGAGCGAAAUCCGGUCCGACGGAUUACACAUUCAGCUAGAAAUGAACAAUGACUUGCGCAAUGACUCCGGUACACUUUUUGUGGUGAUGGCCCUCCUCACGGCCCUCGCGUCUGCCACUCCGCCCCCAGAACCGCAGCGUGACGACUCCCUCGAGAACGGGGCCAUUCUGAGGGACGACCACCUGCUGGACGACCACGUGCUGGACGACCACCUGCUGGCGGACGACCACCUGCUGGCGGACGACCACCUGCUGGCGGACGACCGGCUGGCGGAGGACUACGACAGGUUCAAUUUCGGGGUCGAGCCCACCAAUGGCAUCUUCUUGUCAGAGUCGGGAUUCGGUGAUCUGAAGAACGUUUUCCGCGGCGCCGGCUCCUUCUCGUACACCGCUCCCGACGGCACCCCGAUCUACGUGGAGUUCGUGGUCGACGAGAACGGACGAGGCUUCCAGACCCACCAGAGCCUCCUGCCGCCCAAGUCCCCGAUCCCGAGGCCGAUCCCGAAGUUCGUCCUCGACCAGAUCACGAAGGCCGCUGAGGAGGGCGAGGCAUCACGAAACCGCCAUCAUCUCAGGGAUCCCAGCCUCCCCGUUGGGACUUCUUGAUCUAUUUCAUCUCAUCCUCAUGUCUGUUUGUAUUGUCAUUUCAUAUUUUUGUAUUGAUUUGUAAGUAACAUCACCUGGUAAUAUUCCUUUACCGAGAGAGUGAGAAAUAAAAGAAAUGUUACGAA